AUGGCACUGCCCCCCAGUCCCCUGGCCAUGGAAUAUGUCAAUGACUUUGACUUAAUGAAGUUUGAGGUAAAGCGGGAGCCCUCUGAGGGGCGAUCUGGCCCCCCCACAGCCUCAUUGGGUUCCACACCUUACAGCUCAGUGCCUCCUUCACCCACCUUCAGUGAGCCAGGUGUGGUGGGGGCCAGUGAAGGCCCCCGGCCAGGCCUCGAGGAGCUGUACUGGCUGGCCACCCUGCAGCAGCAGCUAGGGGCUGGAGAGGCACUGGGGCUGAGUCCUGAGGAGGCUGUGGAGCUGCUGCAGGGUCAGGGCCCAGACCUUGCUGAAGGGUCUCAAGGCUACUACUCAAGGAGCCCAGAGGAGGCAGGAGCCCAGCAUGAUCAGCUGGCCGAGCGGUUUUCGGACGCAGCGCUGGUGUCCAUGUCUGUGCGGGAGCUCAACAGGCAGCUGCGGGGCUGCGGCCGCGACGAGGCGCUGCGGCUGAAGCAGAGGCGUCGCACGCUGAAGAACCGCGGCUACGCGCAGGCCUGCCGUUCCAAGCGGCUGCAGCAGCGGCGCGGGCUGGAGGCAGAGCGCGCCCGUCUGCUCGCCCAGCUGGACGCGCUGAGAGCCGAAGUGGCCCGCCUGGCCCGGGAGCGCGACCUCUACAAGGCUCGCUGUGACGGGCUGACGUCGACCUGCACUGGAUCCGGGGACCACGCCCACUUCUUCCUCUGA